GACCUUGACCUAGCAGAUCUGACAAGCAGCUAGCCGAGGCCCUGGAGAUUCUCAGGAGUCAGGCUAGCAGGACACCACGGGCUGGCGGGGUAGCUCUUGAUAGGUCAAAGCUCUCCUCUCUUCUCUUCUCUUCUCCUCUCAAAAGAACCUCACCCCUCCACGUUCCUGUCGGUGAAGCCGUCCAUCUCACGGAAAGAUGUGAAAAACUACCAAAUCCUCCCACGUGUGUGUCCAAGAACAUGCUUAUCCAUGGAAAUAUAUAUGCAUCGUCUCCUUGGCUCGACGCCAUUAUUUUCAAUUCCUCCACUGGAUUCGUCCCUCAAAGGAUGGGAGGUCUUGGUAAAGCUUCCAUGCGGGUACACGAGAUGUGAUGUGAUGGCGGCCGAUGAUCAGGUUCGUCAAGCUGCAGGAGAUGGAAAUAUAUAAACCUCGCAUGCCUCUGGCCAGGAACCAGGAACAGUGUCUUCCCAGCCAGCUCUCACUCCAGGCACAAUGCGCACCUCAUUGAUCCUCUCCGUCCUCUCAUUCGGAUUGACAUCUGCAGCUCCAGCAGAAGUCUCCGUCUCCAAACGCCAUGAUUCCUUCAAGGUCCAAGUUGGAGAUCGGCCAUACUUCCUGAUCGACGACAUGGACGAUGGCUCACUCAAGCGCAAACUCGAGUCCUGCAAGAAUCAGGAGUCGAAGAUCAGCAAGUUCGCGAUUGGACAUCGUGGUGCGCCGCUCAUGUAUCCUGAGCAUACUGCAGAGUCAUAUCAUGCUGCUGCCAGACAAGGAGCUGGGACUAUCGAGUGUGAUGUUGCUUUUACGAAGGAUAAGAAAUUGGUGUGCCGACAUGAUCACUGCGACUUACACACCACAACAAAUAUCCUCACAUUCCCUUCCCUAGCAGCAAAAUGCACCACACCAUUCACACCCUACGACCCAGCUACAGGCAAAGCCGCCUCAGUCAAAUGCUGCACAACCGACAUCACCCUCGCAGAAUUCAAAACCCUCUGCGGCAAAAUGGACGGCUUCAACCCCAACGGCACCACCAUCGCCAGCUACAUGGACGGCACACCCCCCUACCGAACCGACCUCUACUCCACCUGCGGCACGCUCCUCACGCACAAAGAAAGCAUCAAGCUCAUCGACUCCUACAACCGCGACUUCACACCCGAAUGCAAGACCCCCGCCGUCAAGAUGCCCUUCAACGGCUACACCCAGGAGAACUUCGCCCAGGACAUCAUCAAUGAGUACAAAUCCGCCGGCAUCCACCCCAGCCGCGUCUGGCCGCAAUCUUUCCUCCCAGCAGACGUUUUCUACUGGAUCAAAGCGGAGCCCAAAUUCGGCAAGCAGGCCGUCUACCUCGAUGAGCGCGUCGACACUCCAGAGGGCUAUGCGAACGCCACUGCGUCGCUCCCUGCGCUCGCGAAAGCAGGCGUGAGGAUCAUGGCGCCGGCGUUCUUCGCCAUGACGAAGCUGGAUGCGAAUAAGAAGAUUGUGCCGUCCGAGUAUGCCGUUGCGGCGAAGAAGGCGGGCAUGGAGCUUAUUGGGUGGAGCUUUGAGAGGAGUGGGUUUCUGAAGAGUGGUGGGGGUUAUUAUUAUGGGUAUGUGAAUGGGGUUAUUAAUAAUGAUGGGGAUAUGUAUACGGUGCUGGAUGUGCUGGCGAAGGAUGUGAAGAUCUUGAAGAUGUUUAGUGAUUGGCCGGCUACGGUUGUGUAUUAUGCGAAUUGUAUGGGCUUGCCAUAGGGGUGACCAUGUAAUGAGAUGGCAUGAACUCAUGGUGGGGAUUGGUGGUAAUGAAGUUCAAAGUUUGAAAAUAAAACUCUCAGAGAAUGAAAUAUCGGCUUUGAACGACAUCGAGUAUUGCAACGCAGCACCAAUAGCAACCGAGCCCCCGACGCAGUUCCCACGACACCCUUCAUCCUUAUCGUCAAAUACUCUAGUCUAGCUAUCAGCUGCAGAAAAUGGUAGCCCAUUUAGCGAAGUGAGGUGCCUAGCUGCUUGAAUAUCGUAUUGUUCUUAUCGAAAACCCCUGUAAAUAUGACUUAAAAAUGACUAGGUAGAAGACCAAGGUACCACUCGAGCAUUUUGAAAGUUUUUCCAAACAAGCGGAUUUUUUUUUUCUUUAAUCACCGUGUGUUCUGACCGAAAAUGAAGUUUUUUCUCCCUUCAACUUUUGAUGUUCCAAUCGGCCACUAUUUUUUUUUUCUGCAUCCGAUAAGUCUAGUAGUGAGCAAUGUGCUGUGCAUAUCUGAUCUAGCAGCUAGGCCUUACUUCCUAGAACCUUUCUAACCCCCCUGAGGCUUGCCAGAGACUUUGUUCGGGCAGGUUCAUCUGAACAUCUCGCAACUGGAGUCAGUAUUCCAUUGUUUUUCAGCGUGCUAAGCGAAAGAAUCAACUCUAAGGUUGCAAGUCCGUAAACAGUUGACAAGUCAAAUUACAACCAGCGAACGAGUCAUGCGGUCGAUAAACUCAAUCCACACAGUCCAAUAUUCUCGCCACAGCCUAGAGAAAUCCAGAUCCUCACCAACAUGUCACUGCCACUCCCUAGUCCCUCCCCUUGGUACUUGGCUGAAGCAAAUCAUUAGAUAACCGACCCAGCCGAACCCAGAUGCGAGGCUCGUCAACCUCGUCAACCUCGUCACCGAACCCAAGCCCAAGCCCCCUCGGUCAUCCCAUCCCAUCUCGAACCAGUUCCUUUCCUUUCAUGCAGCCCAGUCGAGCCAGUCCAUCGGGCCCUACCUACGCACUCACCCUCACCCAACAGCACCGCGAACCGAAUCCUCACAAAAUACCUCGGAUCGACGAGGCAUUCCGCCUCCCGCCAAGCCCUACCCCACACUAAAGCCAAGUGUCCGUCACUGGGCGCGCCGCUUGGCGGCAUCUCCCUCGCUCGCGGUCGCUGAGCCCUGUGUGGUUGAAGUGAUGGAGCACAUGCCUCUUAGAGGAAAGUAUGACGGACAAGGCGAGAUGCACGCAGCGUAGAUGUCAUGUGUGCGCUGGGGGGACAUCCUGGAUGGGGUGCCUUCUCCGGCCUUGGUAUUGGGUGGUGUGUUUCUGGGGGAGCCUGGGGAGGACUUGGCCUCUUUCCGGG